AUGUUCGUGAGUUUUAGAAGCAUUUGUUGGUGGAUUGUGAAAGAGCCAGGUUGUCGCCGCCUCAACGUGAAUCACUAUGCCACCAAGAAGACUGUGGCUCAGAGCAUGCUGGACGUUGCCUUGCUCAUGGCCAACUCAUCCCAGCUGAAGGCCGUUAUCUUUGUGGGGCCUCAUUACCAGUUCUACUACCCCGUUAUUGUCCUGCUGUCUAUGUCCAUCAUGUUACAGGUCAUGGUGGGCCUGCUGCUCAUCUUUAUUGUGAAGUAUGAUCUUAACAACAUCAGGAAACAAAGCAAGUUGAACAUGAUGAACAACAUAGUGACGGUCUUAGUCUUCUUCACUGUCAUCAUCAACAUCUUCACUACAGCGCUUGGAUUUGAGGGACUUGCUGUCAGGUCCCCUGAGAUGUUGAUACCAGAGACUCAAUUUUCCCUUCCGCCCACCGAUUUUAACAUGACUGACAUUCACUGAUUGCAUUUAGACCAGUCUUUGGACAGAAAGGAGACAUUAUCUUAUUCACCUAUUCUCAAAGGCUUGACAUCUCAAGGUUUGUGUUGGGAUAGCAGCGCUUUUUGUACCUUCUGUAUCAGCUCCCUGUUCAAAUUAUGACUUGCUUGGGCAAAGAUUCACCAGCUGGAACCUUUCAUUUCUGACUGGAUCUACCAUCACAUCAGUGACAAGAAGCUUUUGUGGAUCGAGGCUGAAACCCAGAUAACCUGAGGAUCACCAUGUGAAACCCCAUCCUCAGUGACCUCCGACCACAACUUCAACUCAGGAGCUUUUGUUUUGCCAACCUAUUUAAAGCUUCUAUCUUGUAAAUAUAAGUGUUUACUUAUGGUUUUAAUUGUUAGCUUGGUGAAAUUAAGCUUGUUUACAGUUUCAUAACUAAAUGAAUGAAUGACUGACUAAUGUAAGAAGAGAGUAUGAAAGAGACAGUAUUGUAUGUUUGGAAACAUGUUUCUUAUUCUGUUCAUUUUUAACUUUUUCUUUUACCUCAUUAACAUUUUUACAUCCUUUAGGAAUUCCCUCUGCUCAAAUGUCACGUUUUACAGAAAGUUCAAACACUCAUUUGCAAUAUCUUGGGAGCUGGAGACUUGAUUUUAUUUAAACACAUACAGUAUGAAAAAACAGCCUUUGAAUUUAGAUUGGACAUGAUGUGGAGGGUAUCUUGGAAAUAUGAAAGACUCCGUCUCAGUUCACUAGUCUGUGCUACAUGAAAUUAUGUAUGUCUCACAUAUAAGAAAAAAUCACAUACAGUAUGUUAAAGAACAUAAAGGAAAUCAAAUAAACAAAACUCUGCAUAGCUAAAAAACAUAGUGCAACAUUUAUGCUAGAAAGCAAAGACAUUAAAAAGGAGAGGGUGAGCAUUAUUCUUUGUUGUCGACAAGUCCCAUGAAAAGACCAAAACCAAGGCCAGACUGAGCAUGUGUUCAUGUCUGUGUCUCAAUACUCUCUGUCUGAAGCCCACUGGUCCCUACUGAAGGCAGAAAUCUUUAAUGGCUCAAAUAUAUAUAGUUUUUACUCAAACAGGAGGAAAUAGUGCAUUUUUGUUGGGGACUAUUUUUGUUGGCGGAUGAAUCCACAUUUGGAGCUUUUUGUCUUGUUUUUGGUCAUUUGAUGGGAUUUGGUGACGCUAAGAAAUAUAAAGUAUUGCCAGCCUUUCCGCCUGUAUAGAAUGUGAUCAAACUGUGACCGCUAAUGUCAUUAAACGCCUUUAACACCACAACCAAUCAGAUCAUUCAAUCCCAGAAGGAUUUUCUGCAUUUUCUCCAGUUUCUUCUUGGUUUAUCACUUGGCAGUAGGCGUAGUAGUAGAAGACAGCUGCUAACACAGCUAAAAGCAGCAGCAGCCAAAUCACUCUCCACACACGGCCUCCAGACUUUCUGACUGGCUCCUUGGAUUGUACUGUGCUGUGAUUGGCUGUGUUGUUAGUGCUCUGGAUAGGAGGCCUGAAGCAGAGCAGGUGAGAGGUGAUUUAGACCAGGGGCCCCAUGUAUAAAAGACUGCGCAGCUUUCAUACUGAAAGAUGGAGUACUCACAGAAUUUGAAAAGUAGUGCGCACAGAAAUGCAAUAAAGGAAACAGGUCUGACAUAAAGUGGAUGUCAAAAAAACGGGAAAAUUGUUUUUCUAAUACAGAAAUCGAUGUGCUUGUGAGGUGGAAGUUAGAAAGCAGCCUACAUAUUGUUUGAUGCAGCUUGUUCACAAACUAAAUAGUGAGAGAGAGUUUUAUAGAAUUAUAUCAUUCUAAACAAAGACUGUAGGUAGACACUAUAUAGGCUAUUGUUGAUCCCAUCAGACACCUGUCGGCUCCUUCUGCUAACAGCCGACUGCCAGAAACAGUGGGUAUAGCCUACUUCCCCUCGAGUUGAUGCUGAUGACAUAUUUAGCGGACACUGAUUUCAGAUUUGUCACUUAUUUGGCUUAUUCUAUUUAUUUUACAAUUGAAAGGUGCGGUAUGGAAUUGUUAUGGCUCACUAGCACGAGCACAAAUAACACUGCUGGUUUGAAUGUUUAUAUGAUAAAGUGAUAAUGUGUGAUAUGAAGUGAAAUUAAAUAUGUCAGCGCCAUCAUGAUCUAUUCC